AUUGAAUAAAUAUUAUAUUAUUUAAUUCAAUAAGGAUAAGAUGUGACCUUCCUUCUGCUUUAUUCUUUAUUUAUUUUCUAAGACAAUAGUUAUAAGAUUAAUGAACACUUUUGAUUAAAGAAUUGAUUUAUCAAUCACUGUUCACUUUGUGCGUGAUCGGCAAUGGCGAAAAAAAUCUGAUACCCAUGUGCACCACACCAUACCACAUAUUUAUACCCCCCAACUCAUCCCACACUUCUCUGUUGUUCCGUCUUUCAUUUCAUUUCACACUGUACUAUUCUUCUCUCACUGCCAUCAGAACGAUGCCGUUUGCUCUUGAAACCAAUGGAGGAGUUCCCAUCCGAAGGUCCACCUUCGCUCACUGCGUCUCGAUCUGCGAUCGGGAUUUUCCGGCGGAUGAUUCUGACUCCAGUGGCUCCUCCUCCAUCGGAAGGAACAGUACCUCGUCGGAAGAUUCCUCCGACCGGGAAGACUCCGGCGAAGUUGAGGUUCAGAGCUCCUUCAAAGGCCCUUUGGAUACCAUAAACGAUCUAGAGGAGGAUUUGCCCGUCAAGAAAGGAAUAUCCAAGUUUUAUAGUGGCAAAUCAAAGUCCUUCACAAGCUUAGCAGAUGCUGCAGCUGCAACUUGCAUGGAAGACAUAGUAAAGCCUGAGGAUCCUUAUGCCAAAAAACGCAAAAAUUUACUAGCUCGCAACAUUUUAAUUGAGAGGAGUCACAGUUGCUCAGAUAAUGUUGGUGGAAUAUCGAAGCGACCCGCGAACAUAAGUCGAGGAGCAUCUUGUCUUGUUUUGAGCAGCAGUGGCAGCAGUGAAGAGGGGAGAAACUCCACUUCAAUAUCUCCUCCUUGCCCUCUUCCUCCUCUUCAUCCUCAUCCUACUAGGUCAUCAAAUAGGUCAUCUGCAAAUGCAUCACUGCCUCAACCUUCAACCACGCCGUGGAGGUCAUACUCUUGGUCUGAUCUGCAGUCUGUAGCUGGUGAGGCUCAUGAUUUAUCUGGCUUGGCAAUUUGUAGUGGAAACAAAGGCAACAAAGUACACUGAAAUUUUGACUAAAAUUUAACCUUUUAGUUGAUAGCAAGCGAGUUUAGCUCACAUUGGAGUGAAUUUGGAAUGGCAGAGUACUUUGUGAACUCGUCUUAUGUUUUAUAUGUAUUGAACUGACUAAGAGUGUUGUAUAUUACAUCUCAUCUUUUGGUUAUUUAUCACUAUGACUCUUGCAAGCCUACUUAAGUUGAGAUUAAUCACAAUUAAAGAUAAUCUUAGCAUUUCAUAAUUGGAUUUGGUUGCAAUUGAAUUGAAGACCAAUCUCAGCUCAUAUGAAAGAAAUGGAAUCUAAGGAUGAUAG